GGAAUCGAGCCACAAAUACGAGGGAUUCGGUCAUAGACACGGCAGUGAUCCGAUGUUAUCGAGUCUCAAGCCUCUGGAAUAUGCUUUUGAGAAGCUCAGUUCGUCGCAUGCUGUGACGCAACUCACAUAUGCAAUAGAUGUGCACGGCACAAGGAGCAUUACAGCUACGGCAAACCCCGAGCGCGAACAGUGUGCCAAUUGCGGAGCCUUUUUUGCAGAUUAUCAUCGAUUGAAGGGUCACUAUGCGGAUUAUCCAGUGCAGUGCGACGUGCAUGGCGUGUGCUUGCGAUUCGACGAUGUACUGGUGCACGCAGACGAAGACAGACAUGACAGAUGCUUUGUCAGGGCCUGCAGGAGUAUCUACAGGCUUGAAGGCGGGUGGAAGGGAUCAGUUGUUGAGGGACACAUACGUGGAUCGCACAGGCGAGAAGGGAUAUACUAUUGAAGGACAAAAAACCCGAUUGGAGACCGGUUCUGGGAGUUGCUCGCGAAUCCGAGAAGGGAGUUCUACGUUGGAGAGCGAGGU